GAGAGACUGACCACCAAGACGAUGGAGCGUGUGCGGACGGUUUGGUCCGGAUACACAGGGGAUGCUACAUGUUCGGGUUGUCCGCUUUAACCUGGGACAAUGCCCUGGCAGAUUGCAAGUCGCGACAUGGCGAGUUACUUUCUAUACAAAGUCAAAAGGAAAAGGACGAAAUUGAGCUCCACAUUAACACAGCCAAGCUGACAGAGAAGCAAUGGUGGGUGGCUUUGAAGAGAGAAGGCAGCGUCUGGAAGUGGCUUGAUGGUGUCGAAAUUAGUUCCCAAAUCACUCCUUGGAUCAGCCAGCUCCAGAAAAAUAAGAGAAAAAACAGUUGUGGCAUUAUUGACAUGACGACCGGAGCACUCAAAAUCUCCAAUGAUCGGUGUGAAUCCGAGCUGCAGUACAUAUGUGAAUUUCAUAGAAUCACAAAGACACCCGCUAUCAGCAACAGCACACCUGUUACCCCAAGUCGUGGGGCCACUAUUUUCGAUGAUUCCUUAGACACGGGUGUUGGCGAUUUCCACCCCGAGGGCGGCGAUAUAGUGGGAGUACAGAAGGCACCUGGACAGAAAUCAAGUGUCACCGGUGGCUUAUUCAGCAGUAUGAUGGCGGUGUUGUCUAACAAAGAUGCCCAUACCUCACCUCGUAUGGAACCUGGUAAAGAUAGACAAGCCAUUGCAAAAACAUCUACGACAGCUGGUCAUCCUCAGACUGUCACGCAAUCGAGCAGUGGCAACGAGCAUCUCCAGGAAACAAAUGGGCGUGGGAAGAUAUCGUUUUCAGACAAGAUCACAAGUUCUUCAACCACUACGACGGAGAAUUAUACCUCUUCUAAAACAGAAACACAAUCAGUGUCUACAGAAAACCCGCUAGUUUCCAGAUCAGAGACGUCUUCAGCGUCGAAAUCAGAAAUAUCGUCUGCAUCUACAACAGAAAAAUCUGAAUGGCCAUCAGAAGCACAUGAAGCCAGCACAUCUGUACAAAGGAGCAUGUCCAUCGCUGACGACAGUACAAUCUUAAACAGGUCCGAAUCAAUAACAUCAACAGAUCCAACAAUAGCAUCUUCAACCAACCCCUCUAGAAUUCAACCAGACACUCCCGAGCCUACCAUGGUGGACUGGGCUCAAGCAUACAGUGAUUUGGGAGACUGCUACAUCCCAGGCACAGGCGGAAGCCUCAGCGCUGCUGUCAUGACGGCUAGAAAGUUGUACUACGAGGGUCGAACUUCAUGUCCGAAAGUUGAGAUAGGAGGCAUCGAGUGGCCAAAUGUGACAGCUGGAGAUACUGCAAGAAUGAGAUGUGCUAAACAUGAAGGUAUCGCAACGUUUCAUUGUGGGAGCAAUCCAGUGUGUUGGAGGGGUCGACCUGUUACGUCAGGCUGUGCCUCUGAACAGCUGCAAGAUGUUUUUAAAAAGAUCCUCAGCUUACAUGGAAGCGUGACGCCCAUGUCAGUGAACGAAACACUGCAGGUGUCUUCCAACCUGGUGGAGGCGGUUGAAACUGGGGCCACGACGAUGGAAGAUGUCGUUCUGACAGCUGACGUCAUCACAGCCUUGAGCAAGAUGAAGGCCACUGAUGAAUCUUUAGGAAAGACAAGAGCUGUGAUGCUGAUGGAUAACUUGGUAAAAACUGGCAGUAUCCUGGUUUCCAAAAACAAGUCCAGAAUGUGGGAAGCAAUGUCGAGGGACGAUAAGGCCCAGUCUGCAUCGCUGCUUCUUGUUGCUCUCGAGACAGCUGUGGUUUCUAUCGCAGAGGGUUUCAAUGAGCCGGCAGUGAUAACCAAGAAGGAUGCAAACAUAGAGAUGGAACUUCGUGUGGUUGAUGUGGAAGAGCUGGACGGUCAACUUGUCUACGGCUCAGAGCAGUCUGACAACACUUUCUCUAUCCCAGUGGAAACUCUAAGGCACUUUAGAAAAGGGAAACUAGUGAAAGCUGUGUUUAUUACACACUUCUCUAUGUCUCAUCUUUGGAAUGGUCGUACAAAAAAACCAAGAAUAUCAAGACAGCCCGACUCCCAAAAGCUCACUGACAGCAACAAUGUAAAAACAGCAGCAGACCAAAAAGAGGGCAGCACUGAAAAGACUACAGAACGCGAAAUCGUCAGCCACAUUUUAAGUGCCUCCCUGGGCAAGGAUAAACACAGAGGUUUGAAGUUACCCAAGCCAGUUGUGUUCACGAUGAGGCAUCUUGAGGAAGUCGAUACUAAAUAUACACCCCUCUGCUCCUUCUGGGACAUCAGCCACAAUAAACAGUUCGGGUACUGGUCACAAGAUGGCUGCCAUAUUUUGCGAACGAACAAGACACACACUACCUGUGAAUGUAACCACAUGACUAACUUCGCCAUCUUGAUGGAUUUGCAUGGAAUAGAGAUGUCAAAAACGCACCAGUCUUUGCUGCGACUUGUCAGCAUCAUCGGCUGCAUCAUCUCGUGUGUCAGUCUACUGGCAAGCUGGGUAACAUUCCAAUGUUUCACAAAAUGUCACCUUUUUUCACCCCCCCCCCCCUUUUUUUCCCCCCCACCCAAAAUGUGGUUCCAGUACCCAAGCCUGUGGGUAGGGAGGAGGGGAGAGCUCUUCAUAUUACUAUUUUUGUUAUUUCCUUAUGACUCAACAAGCGGGGAAUUCCCUGUAGAUUCCGCUCUCCAAGGAGAAAGAAACUCUAUUCAUAAAAAUCUGGCAAUGACACUCCUUAUAGCAGAAAUCCUAUUCGUCUGUGGAAUUGACCAGGCCAGAUACCAGAUCGCCUGCUCUGUUAUUGCUGGGUUUCUCCACUUCUUCUUUCUGGCUGCUUUUGCCUGGAUGUUCAUUGAGGGACUACACAUCAUCUUCAUGCUGGUCCAGGUGUUUGAUGCCUCUCGUUCAAGGCUGCCUUACUAUUACCUGGCUGGAUAUGGUGUACCACUUGCUGUGGUUGGGACAUCAGCUUUGAUUAACUACAAAGGUUAUGGAACUGACAAAUA